AUGGCUGUCAUCGGUGUCGCGAUGCACCCUCAUGAUCUUUAUUGCUGGAUAAACGACGAUUAUCAAAAUGCACGCCUAUGGCUUCAUUAUUUUUGGAUAUUCGCUAGCAUGUUUGGCACAGUGUUGAUCUACGCCUGUAUCUUUCUCUAUCUCCAUCAUCAAUCUCGUUCCUCUCCACCUGGAAACAAGGCCAAUUAUUAUCACGGCGCCCGGCCUCUCAUGGUUCUCUACCCAUUGAUCUACACCAUAUGUACGAUUCCCCUAGCCGCUGGACGUAUUGCCGCAUUCUCUGGGGCCGAGAUCGGAUUAGGGUAUUACUGUAUUGCUGGUAGUAUGAUUGCGUGUAAUGGAUGGUUGGACGUAUUAUUAUACGCAAGUACUAGAGCAGAAAUUGUGUUUAGCGAGUUUCCACCAGGGGAGGACACGGGUUUAGAGACCUUUGCAUUCAUGGGCAAAGGACAUUCAUUGGGAACGACUACGAUUAUUGAAGCUGGGGGGUUGGUAUCUGCAGGGUUGAGGGGGAAUAGAGGCAGUGGGAAUGGAGGAAGAAAAGGACAUGGAGGGAGUGAUAGCACGGAUAACCUCUAUAAGAUGGGAGAUAUUUCUGUCGCGAAGAAUGUUAGUGUUCGUGUGAGCAUAGCAAGAGAUGGAGAACUGGGAUCGAGGGGAUAUCCGCAAGCGGCCGGAGGAAGUAAAGAUGGCAGUGAAGACCAUGGAAGUGAUUCAGGAUGGGAGAAUUCAAAAAGCCGAAGAAGUGAGAGUGGGAGGAGUGGAUUCAGCGACAUGGCUUGA